UUGAACAUGUUUUUCUUCGUGUAGAAAUAUUUGUAAACCAUUGCACUGCAAUUAAAUCAUAUUCGUAAAAUCAGAUAAUAGUGUAUUUUGUAUUCACUUAUCAUUUAAUGUGAUUAUUUAGUUUAAGGAAGAUACUUUUUCUAAGAAAAUGCUAAUACAGGCAGGUAGUUAUUAGAUAUAUUCAAUGAAAUAGUUAAAAUGAGAUAUAUAUUAUAACCAGACAACCCAGUUCUUAUCGAUCGAACUGAACGUUUACAUUUGGGAAUGCAUAUUCUAACGUAUCAACCGUAGUUAAGUGAAUUAGAUUUACAAUACACAUGCAAUGGAUGUUUAUCUCAGAAAAUUGAAUUGUCAAAGCUAGAAAAUGGAUCACAAGGCGCAGCUUGAGAACAAGAAAUACAGGAACUGGGUGAGGGCAGGACUUGGUAUUAAAUAUGUAAAAGAAGGCUUGGAACCAUUUUGCGACCAUCUUGUUAACCAGCAGCAUAUUGCUAUCUUAGAUGAAGUUAAACGGAAACACAAUCUUUCGGCCGUGUCAUGUGGACUUUGCGAUAUAAGCACACUGCAGCCGGAUCAUGUCCAAACCAAAACAAGACAGUGUCCUCUCGGUCAAUCUCAUUGUAACUGUCUACACACACGCGGGAAAACGCUUUGUCCCAGCAAUGUAUGUGGUGCCAUAUAUGACGAAAUUAUUACGCGUCACGCAUCCACUCCGCCUGCUCCGUACUGGAGAAACACAGAUGCACAUCAGUGGUGUACUGAUCCUUGGGCUGUUGCAAAAUGUUUCAUAAAUGCUCCUGGAUAUGACGACAAGAUAAGAGUAGUUGAGUUUGACUGUUCUGGCUUGCUGCAUCUGUUGAUUAAUAACUUAGAGUUUCAUCAACAUAUCCAGUGCGUUAUAUCGGGCAAUGAUGCUUUCUCAAGGGUACUUCAACAUAGAAACACUAUAUUUCAUUCUAACAAUAUGGAACUGGAGGACAACGACUUUGCACUUUAUGUAGAUGAUAUGAUAAAACUGCUAGAAGAUGAUAAAGAAAUCAAAGGUAGACCAGAGUCUAAAGAAGCGGUCAAGAAACUGCUUGAGCUUAAGCAGGAAAAGUUUAUAAUAACAACUACAGAUGAAUCCGAAGUCCGUUGUAUUGCUAUGGCUGCAAUCAAUGAGAAGGAAAAGAAUCUUGAACAGAAGAUAGUUGACGCAACGGAGGAUAUUGGAGUGAAAACUGAUGAAAGUGAACAACAGAUAAGGAAGAUAGGUUUAACUGUGAAAGAUGAACUCACACAGAAAGGGGUAGAAAUGAAAGUUGAUUUGAGAAAGACAGAAAUUGACUUAAUAGGAAGACUUGAGCAGAGAGAAAAAGAAAUCAUGGAAGCACAGAGGAUUAGAGAAGUAGAAUCUACAAAGACGAUGGAUCAAAAAGAGAUAGAAUGCAAAGAGAAUUUGAGAAUGACAGAAGUUGAUUUAAAACUGAAACUGAAACAGAAAGAGUUGAAAAUCAAAGAGAAUUUGAGAGUGACAGAAGUUAACUCAAAAGAGGGACUUAAGCAUGAAGAGAUAGAAAUUAAACAGAAUUUGAAAGUGAUAGAAGAGAAAUCAAAAGGGAGACUAGAUGAAAAAGGGAAAGAAAUUGAAAAGCAUUUAGAGCGUAAAGGACAAGAUAUACUUUAUGAGCUUGAACAAAAGCAGUCAACUCAGAUUCAGAUCGAAGCCAGGGGUAGUGAAGACAUUAGUAAGGAAGCAGCAGAAGAUUUAAUGAAGUCCGGUCCUCGUUGCACGCCUGUACAGUCUACUUAUGAAAGAAAGAAAGCAGUAAACGAAAUGUACGAGUCCGGAUCCCGAGCAUUGUCUUCAAAAAUAAGACAUCUAGUAUCAGUGACAAAACUCUAUAUGGACGGUUCUGAGCGUGAUGAGGUUUAUGUUGCUACAAAUGCGCAUGAAAAUGCAAAGAAAAUUUUAAACAGUACGGGUUGUUUGAUACUCAGUGGACCGCCAGGAGAAGGGAAGACUAUGAUGGCUAUCAAACUGACUACUGAAACAACCCGGAAGGAUUCCUGCUUGAAACUUGGCAUGCCUUCGGAUUGGGAUCAUAUAGAUUUAAGCCAAGGUAUCUUUAAAACGAUUUUCAUCGACGACAUAUUUGGUGCUGGUGCCUUAGAUGAUAAAUUAUUAGAAGGCUGGUCACAACGUUUGCGAGAUAUUGAAAAGGCCAUUGAAGCAAAAGUAAUAAACGUUGUCAUUACAACCCGUCAUUAUAUCCUUAAGGAGGCAAAGGAAAAAUUGCGUCAGAUGACACUUUUUAAGGAUCAAAACAUUCAACAGCUAGCAUCAUUUGACCUGACAGGUUCAGAAAGAGUUGCAAUAAUUGAAAAGCAUUUAUUAAAAUCACAUAAAGAAUUAAGUUCUUGCCGUGUAGAAAACUGCAGUAAAGCAUAUGAGAGAGCAUUCACGUUUAAACAAAUCCAGUUGAAGCUACCUGACGACAUCGAUGAAUAUCUGCAGAAGAAUGAUUCUAUCAAGGCAAUGAUAGGGUUUCCAGAAAUCGUCACUUUAUUUGUUCGCAACGAACAUCUGUUCCAGAUGGGGUCAUUUUUCUUUGAAAACCCAGUUUUGUUUUUCAAAAAGUGUAUGGAAGAGCUAUUUAUAGAUGGGGAGAAAUUCCUUGCCCUUAUUCUGAUUUGGACUAGACCAAACAAAGAAUUACAACUGACAAAACAAAAUCUAACGAAUGAAAUUAAAAAGACAGCUCUGAAAUUCGGCAUUCACUUGAAAGGAAAAGCAGUAGGAGCUCUUUUUAAAUCCUUGAAAUAUCACGAACAUGGAUUUUUGAAGUUUGAUCGCUCUGCUGGCACAUUUUCAUUCACACACAACACAGUUAAAGACAUGGUAGGACUUGUUGCGGGCCAGGAAUACCAAGAUGCAGUUCUUGAAUUUGCAGAUGAACAGUUUCUUAUGCAAUAUAUAACUACAGAUGUAACAAAACAGGAUAGCCUUCAUAUCGUUGUUGACGAAUAUCAAUUCCCUAAGCUUUUCAAAGCUAUAUGUAAAGUAAUGAAGCAGGAAAAAUUAGAACAAUAUUUGUUCAUUGCUGUUAAGAAAAGAGAUUUUGAGAUACGGAACAAUUUUGGUCGCUUACCGUUAGGGCCACCGUUUGUUAAUGAACUAAACAUUAAUACGUCUGUUUUGAAACAUGACUGUUUUGAGAAUGAUGUUUUUGUACAAUUGUUUUGCAAAAGGAAGGAAGGAAGGUAUUUUUUAUCAAAACCAGUCGAUGUAUUGCCAAAGAAAUGUACAAUCCAGAAUUGCGACAUUGACUUUGGAGAGCAUCUUCCAGUUUAUCUUCCGUCACUUGCGCUCCUCUACAAACACACAAAACCUCUCAAAACGUUUUUGAAAAUGAAAUUCCCUAGGCCAUUUAAGAAAGCACAAUUCUUGCGCUCGACAUUGGUGAUAGCCUCUCAACAAGGUAUGAAAGACGUCAUCGAACUUUUGCUGUUACGGGGUGCUGUCGUAUGUGAAGAUGCUAUCUAUUUUGCUGCUGCAAAGGGACAUUACGAUUGUCUCGAAUAUUUGUUACAAAAUUGUGACAGAAAAUAUAUUGCUUACACUAACAGUAUAAACAAAAGCAGUCCUCUAAUUGCUGCAGCUAAAUAUGGUUAUGUUCAAUGUAUCAAGUCCCUGCUACGUCACGGUGCAGAUGUAAAUUACAGAAACAAAAAUAAUUGGUCAGCUCUGGACAAAGCAAUUUUAAGUUUACAAUUUGAAUCGUGUCAAAUCCUGCUGGAAAAUAAAGCUGCUGUGAACUACAAGACUGGGAAGUUUAAAAGAACACCACUUCAUAUGAAUGCAGAUAUUGGAGGACAACAGAUAACCAAGCUCUUGUUACAAUACGGAGCGUCAAUAACGACAAAAGAUUACAGAGGACACAACCCAAUACAUUGUGCUGCAUUUAGGGACCAUACAGGGAUCGUUGAAAUUCUACUUAAAGCAGAUGUGUCUCAGGUAACAGUGAAACGUAGGGUGUCAUAUGGUAGGAACUCGGUUAUCAGAGGUGCAGAUUUGUUUCAUAUUGCUGUUUUUACGAACAACGAAAUGCUUGUUGACAUAUUGUUAAAGAACAUUGUGAGUCCAAACGUUCGUGACUUUUAUGGACAAACCCCGCUCCAUCGAGCCAUAUGUGCAUGUAAACAGGACAAAUUUGAUCUUUUAUUAAAGUAUAAGAACAAUUCGUAUUGUAGUAUAAUUAAGAAGCUCUUGCCCGUCUCUGACGUUCGACAAGCUGACAGACACGGAUAUACUCCAUUACACGCUGCAGUACAUAAAGGAUUAACAGAUAUUGUAAAAUUGUUAUGCCCACUAGUUGACGUCAAUGCACGAGACAAGUAUGGAAAAACGCCAUUGCAUACCGCUUGUGAGCAACUUGAUCUUGAUAUAUUCAAAAUUCUGAUUGAUGAUUAUAGAGCAGAUUAUCGCAUGCGUACAAAAACCGGAUUGUCAAUCUUCGAUAUUUUAGAGAAAAAGACAUCAUCGAAAAGUAUACGUAGAAGGUACAGGGAUAGAAAACCUGUGGAGGAGCACAUGAUAGAGAAACCACAAUAUGAAUCUUUCAGAAAAAUUGUUGCUGCUAAAGAUCCCGACUUUGCAAAGCUGAAUGCAAAACCGCUGAGCGACGCACAUAGUCAGCAGCUGGACUAAGGUUGCAUGUAGCAUGUAAUAACUUGUGAUGAUGUAUGAAAAGCUUGAAAUAACAUUUCAUCGACAUUCGUGAAAAACAACAAGGACAUAUAUUAAACAGGGACUGCCAUGUUCCAAAAACAAAGCAUCCGCAAAUGAAAGCCACAUCACACAGACGUGCACACACACGUACGCACGCACACACGCACGCUCGCAUGCGCAUACAAAGCAAACACAUGGGGACAAACCAAACAAAUAAAGAAAUACAGUCGGGCACCGCUUUAGAACGGUCAGUGGCAAAAGACGAACGGGGAGCAUAAACCGGUUUAUGGUGCGCACGUAACCUUAAUCUUACCUCCACUAUAUUCCAAAGACAGGAGACAGUGUAAAUGAAAGUAUCCACGCCAGGUGAAUCUCUAACACACGUAAUAGAAACAAAAAGGCAUUGCAUGUAAAACGCAAAAUUGCUCCUGUAUGAAUAUUUUAAAGACAAACCUUAAGAACCACAAACGUGUGUACUCAAUGCCUUUACAGAAUACAGAGCAAUAAGAGAAACACUCAAAGGCCCGGGGAUACAGGCCAGAGGACAUAUAUCAAUUUAACUCCACCCCCACCCUCUUCCGUCAGACACAAUCAAAGAGGGAAGUGUAGUGUCCAACUGCAAAAAAGGGUUGAAAAGUAAACAUGCGGUAUGUCUCAAAACAGUAGGGUCGUAACCUCUAUUUAUAAAACGUUUGAUAAUUACCAAAUACAGUUGAAAAAAAAUACGAUGACCCAAGAUCUUACGAAGACUUGGCAUAUCUGUUCUAAAAAUCAGUUUUAACUCGGUUUUGAUUUAAAUUGAUGUUUAAAACGAUUAAAAUUACGCUGCACAAGGAAAGUAUUUCGUGAGUAAAUGCUUAUAUACUUUCAUCAUCGCACCGUUAUAAAAAGAAACAAAAUUGAUAGAAAUUUUAAUCAUUUCGUAUCAUUCAGUUUUUGUUACGUUUGCGUCUAUAAAUUUAAAAACGGAAGAAAUGAUAUUUGUAAUCUCAAUUCAUUUUCUACGAUAGCAUCAUUCUGUUUUAGUCAUGAAAUUAUAGAAGGACAAUAAUGGAGCAGAACUGGGUUAUGAUUUGUGUUGUAAUUUGUAUAUAAUUAAGUUGCUAGGACGGACUCGUUACCCUGAUGUGAUAAUAUGUUAUGUUUAAAUGUUUACAAUAUUAUACAGAAAUAAAUCUUAAUCUUUAUACUAACCUUAAACUUUUGAUAACAUUGACAUGCGCGUUCCCAGCAACACAGGUAAAAUAAAUUGAUAAUCAAAUAUAAGUGUUAUUGAUAAUGGAAAAUAAAAACAUGUUACCGGUAAGAGCAAGGUGAACGGAGUUCACGGAUGUUUUAAUGGCUCGGCGUUUAGAAAGGUAUAAGUACUCUAGUAUUUUUCUUACAUCGAAUGCACUGCUUAUUGCUGUAUUAAUAAUUCAUUGUCAGUUACAUUGCAUACACUUGCAUAUAUCACUGAAUGUCAAAAUGAGGCAAAAAUGGAUAUUCCACUGAAAAGUCUCGUUAAAUAUCAUCAAAAAAUCGUUUUUUAUUACACAAAAGUAUAAACAUACCACUUCCCACAUGAGUAGCUUGUGUAUGGUAUUUUGAGAUAAAUAUUCCUCCAUUGAUUAGAUUUGUUCAUUACUAUUGUCACUUUGACGUGUUUUUGACUUGGAGCUACGACUAAGCCAUUAUAUUAUUUUCGAUUAUUUUGCAUCCCCGAAGACAGUUUAGUGUAAUGGGAGAAGCCGGGAAACAAAAUACAAACAAGGAGGGAAAUAUUAAGACUCCAUCAAUUGGUCACCGCUGCCUGUUUCAGUCCAUGGAUGUUUAGCUUUCAACAAGGCAUUACAUUUGGUUUUGCUUGUAAAAUAUAAGGUCUAAUAUAGCAGCAUAGAAUGCCUCAACUGUGCGUCAUAUCAGACAAACGAAAAACAACAACUUCCUGUUUUCCAUUCACUUUUUUACUGUUCACCACCUUUUUUCCCCAGUGGCAGUUCAAGGUUUGCUGUAAUAAAGUUUAGUGCUUCCUGAUAGUGUUCGUUGGCUUGUGUUACAAAAUAAGUAUCAACAGACGACAACAAUAAU